AACAUUAUCUACCUCUGGCUCCCUGACCGUGAGUGAGAGAAGGAAAGACUAAGACUAUUGAAGGGAGUCUGAGGAGGUAUUUUAAGGUUUAAGGAAUACGUUACUUAAAAUUCAGACUUCCAAGAUGGGGAUAGACUAUAUCAGCUACGCCUACGCUACCGCUGUGGCCAUGGGAGGUGUGGUGGGCUACGUUAAAGCUGGCAGUGUACCUUCACUCGGGGCAGGCCUUCUCUUUGGCUCAUUAUUGGGUUUUGGUGCAUACCAACUGAGUGCCAACCCAGCUAACUACUACCUCACCCUGGGCACCAGCACUGUCCUCGGGGGGAUGAUGGGGAUGCGCUUCCUCAACUCAGGGAAGUUCAUGCCUCCUGGAUUGAUUGCAGUGAUGAGUCUUGCCAUGGUAGCACGAUUGGGAGCACGAGCAGCUGGUUUGACGAAUGGUAGAUUGGAGUGAAUUAAAAAUCCCUCAGUGAAGGCAGGUUGUUCAUGUUGGUUUUGGAAGACCAACUGUAUACUGGGGUAAUAAUAUGUGAUUGUUAAAUAUGAAGUUCCAUUAUUUUUGUAGGGUAAACAUUGGAGCAAAGGCUUCACCAAACUUUUGUGUGUGUUAAUGAAGAACACCCAUUGCCCAUAAUGUGAGGGAAGACACCACAUUCACAAAUUAACCUGGGCUCUGGGUUUUCCUCUCUAGUACUGUACAUCAAUUGGGAUCCUUAAUAAUUUUUUUUGUAUAUCUUGGUAAAUUUGCCCCAGUGUGAAAGGACUUGAUAUGCAAUAUAUUAUGCAGUCAGUUGUGUAGCUUUUAUGAAUAUGUUGAAUGUUGGGUAAGAUAUUUUAAAAACAUUUGAUAGAGAAAUAUCUUUGAGAGGGUUUUAUUUGGAUUCUUCUGUAGAAACUGUGUUUGCACAAUUUGUUGCACAUUUCAUUUGUUAUGUUUGUACAAUAAGAUAUCAAUUAGUAAAGAAUAUAUCAAAAUU